AUUGCUUGUUUUCAGUUACAAAGCCGCAUCCCGAGUGAAAUCGGUAAUUGUUUCAUCCGAUUGACACCUGUCAAAGUUGACCACGUGGGUUUGUUUACAUUCUGCUACAGGUGUUGGCGUUAAAUAGGGAGAAAAGAUGGGUAACUAUUGGAGAUACUUCUAUGAAAGUGUUCAAAUGGGUCCCAGUGUCGAGUUCCCAACCCAGUACACAGAAGGUGUUUGGAAAGCGUGUGGCUCAUACAUCCAAGAAUCGUGUUGGAAGAGCAUCAGCGGCUGAUAAAGAAUUGUCUCAGUCCAAUGGAGAAGAUAGUAAUCAAGGUAGUGUAUAUAUAGAUGAGACGACCCGCCAGUCACAGGGCUCGGACAGCGGGUCAGGAAACAUCAAUGAGGAUUCAAACUUCUCGUUUGUUGGAGAUAUGAAGAACGGCAAUGAAGAUAGCAAUGAUACAAGCAUGAGUGCAGCAUUGAAGUUGGUCAGGAAUGAUAUAAAUGGAGAUGAAUCAAAUGAUUCAUCCGAGACUGGUUCCCCAGCGAAGAAAUUAAAACCAGAAAACAAGCCAGCGAGUUGAGAAUCAGUCCAUUAGUCAUUCAAGUUUACCAUUGUCUGUAUUAUAAGUAUUCAUUUCACUGCCAUUUCAUGAUAUAUAUCCUGUUAUAAAGCCAGUGGCAUUAUUGACUGACUAGCAUGUGUCUAAAUCACAGAAUUAGACUAGCCUGAAAAUCUUUGGCAUUUUUAUAUUUAAAAAAACCCUCUCAUUGACAAUGGACUGUUUCAGAUUGAUUGACGGGACAAGUUCAUUUUACAAAUUUAGUGGGGUUAAGGGUAAAAUUUGAACAUCAAAGGUUCACAUAUUUGUGAUUUUGUCAUGAUGAUGUUUUCAAUAAUUAGAAGAUGCUUCAAUUGUUAAUUAAAAUACUGAAGUUUAAUAGUCAUAAGAUAAUGUCUGUAAUGGGAGAUAAUUUGAAAUUGUGGAAAAAGAUAACUAUGUGAUACAAAGUCACACCAUGCAUAGUUCUAAGAUGAAAUUAUGUUGUGAUUUAUGAUUAGAUGAUUCUUGUCAAUCCUAGACAUUUGAAUGAUGUUAAUAUUUUUUGUAAUAAUUUGUAAUAAUUGUUUUACAUGGGAUUUAAAUCAUGUUGAAAAUAAGGGAUAAAACUAAUAACAAUUUUUUGAAAUCACACAUUUUGUGUUAGUGAGAUAAAGUUUAUAUCACUCACUGAUGUUAGUGAGAUUUUAUUUAUAUCACUCGCUUGUGUUUAAAGAGACGAGCUUUAUCUCUCACUUGUGUUGAUGGGAUAUAAUUUAUAUCACUCACUGGUGCUAGUGAGAGUUAAAUUUAUAUUACUUGCCUGUGUUGAAAGAUACAAGUUAUAUCUUUCAUUUGUGUUAAUGAGAUAUAAUUUAUAUCAUCUAUUUCACAUUCUACUUAGCUCUUUCAUUAUUGUGCUUGCAUUAUACAGAAACAUUUGUUUGCCAGUUCUGUCUACAGAAUGUGUUGCAUAAUAUUAAGAAAAAUGUUUUUUUUCUUAAACAAGAGUUUUAAUCAAUUAUGAGCUGAUUGCCCUUGAAAAUAUCUGAAAAGGAGAAUUUCAGUGAAAUAUAUUUCAUAUAC